AUGAGAGAACACUCAAUAUUCGCCCAUACCGUCGCUCCUCACAUAGUUCGUUUUGCUAGCAGAUUUGCUAAGAUGGAUAACUACGUCAAUUUUGUUGGGGUUUAUUUAAACGAUGUUCAUUACAUUGAUUCAUCUGAUGUUGAAUAUAGUUAUGAUGAAGAUGUAAAUGAUGUUGUAUCUAGUGGCCAUCAAAGUUCAAAUGACGAAGAUGGUUGUGAUAAUGACGAUGAUGAGGAAUCAAAUGGAGCGGAGUGGUCAAAUAGCCAAGCAAUUGUAGGUGAUAGAUUGGUGAGUAUUAAUUGUAUUACUUUAGAUGAAAUUUGUGCUAUAGAAUUCAGAACUAUGAGUGAAGCUUAUGACUUUUAUUAUAGGAAUGGAAAUGUAAAGGUUUUUCUAUUAGGAAAACGGUGUUAG